GAUGUUACAACCUGUGUUCCCGCACAUGUCACUGUCGAGAUGGGGAAGAUGAUUGUAACUCGGUGACUGGUUCUUGUAGCUCAGGUAGAUGCCACCCACGAUGGACGGGGGAAAGCUGUCAAAUAGGUCGCUUUCAAUCUGCACGUGAGAAGACAAAUCCUGGUAUUGCCAUGUUUUCCUGUGCAAUCUCGUUCGAUUCACCAACUAGCGUUGAACCUGACUUUGUGAAAGCUACCACAGGGGAUUUCUCAAGGGACAACUGGGAAACGGCCAAAGAUCCUCCACAAAACAUCUCUUCAACAAUACUCAAUUUCACGUUCAACAUCCAAGAUUUUCCGGAUGACAGUUCUAUGUAUUGUUUCAUCGGGGACCCUUUCAAUAAAUCGUCCGAGUUCGGCUAUGUGAAGUUGGCAUCUGCUGCUCUUUAUGAGCUGCCAAUCUUAACUUUACUACCUACGUUAGUUGCAUCCAGUCAUUACUGGGUCGUCAUCUCUUGGAGACCCUGGAACCGUUCCAUCGAUGCAGGUGAUGGUCCCAUUACUGGCUACAGGGUUUACGUUCAUACUAAAGAUGGGAACGAGACACACAGCGCUACCUUGCUAUCAGAUGGAUCUUUGAAUACUGGGUCUUCAAGAGGUAGGAGGGAAGUGACUAGUGAAGGAUUAGACUUGUUGGAGUACAACAUCACUGGUCUCGAAGAAGGGACAAACUACGAGAUUCAAAUCGCGGUGAUUCGGGAAGGUCCGAAAGGAGAAGGAGAUCGAGGACCUACUUUCAGUGUGAAGACCCAGGAGUUAUUGACCAUAGCGGCCAUAGGUCAUAUCGCUGGCGGCGCCGCUGGAGGAUUGUUAAUCAUUUUGUGUCUUAUUGUUAUCAUCGUCCUGUUGUUACGGAGAAAAAGAAACCGACGUGACAACAUUGGUAAACGAUCACCUCCUCUACAGCCUGCACAUAACGACUAUACACCCCGUGAGGAACUGGAGACAGACGAAGAACUGGGACGAUCUGGCCCAUCGCCGUCGAUCUCCUCACGACCCCAGGGAGACCCGCUGUUUCUCCGAAACGUUGGACACAUGCAGCAGCAUCAUCAGAGGCGAUGGAUCGCGAGGAUGUCGGGGUACCAUCCGUCAGUUCUACAGAGAGUCGUCCAAAGGAGCUUAACUCGAUACCAUUGA